AUGCGGUUGGGCACCUCCCGUGGCCGGCGGCUCCCUUACAGAGAGAUCGUGACCGGCGACUACAAGGAGCGAACGCCUGUCAUUCUCUUCACAGGCCUGCAGCUGACGCCAGCGGCUAAGACGGACAGCAGCUCGCCUCUGCCCGUGUUGACCGUGCCCUGUGAGCAGCCGUCACACGUGGCCGCGAAAAAUGUACGCACGCCCCCACCCCGGGCUGGGGACGCUGGCUGUGGCCAAGGCAGAGCCCCUGGAGGAGUCCACGCAGAGGAGACACAGCAUCGGGCUUCUGUCUGGGAGAUGCGUGUGUCCCAGCAGCGUGGAGGAUUGUCCGAGGGGGCCCAGGCUGGACACAGGAUUCCCGCGGGGAUACUGUUCUCCAACUGCAGUGUGGUGGUUGCCGGGGCAGGGGAUGGGUGCAGGCGGAAGAGAGCACAGGGGAUAAAAGCUGAUGGAAAAAAUAAAAUUUAUGAAAGAAUAAAUAAAAUACUCCCCCCAAUAAAACACAAGCAGAAACAGGCAGCAUCGGUCUUCCUACCCCGACUGACACCUUCCCCUCUUGUCUUCACAGCAUUUUAUAACUAUGACGCCCGGGGAGCGGACGAACUUUCUUUACAGAUAGGAGACACCGUUCACAUCUUGGAAACGUAUGAAGGGUGGUACAGAGGUUACACCUUAAGAAAGAAGUCUAAGAAGGGUAUAUUUCCUGCUUCAUAUAUUCAUCUGAAAGAAGCAAUUGUUGAAGGAAAAGGGCAACAUGAGACGGUCAUCCCGGGCGACCUCCCGCUCAUUCAGGAGGUCACCACGACGCUGCGAGAGUGGUCCACCAUCUGGAGGCAGCUCUACGUGCAAGACAACAGGGAGAUGUUCCGAAGCGUGCGGCACAUGAUCUACGACCUGAUCGAGUGGCGCUCGCAGAUCCUUUCGGGGACUCUGCCUCAGGAUGAGCUCAAGGAGCUAAAGAAGAAGGUCACUGCCAAAAUCGACUACGGAAACAGAAUUCUCGAUUUGGACUUGGUGGUGAGAGACGAAGACGGGAACAUCUUGGAUCCAGAACUAACCAGCACGAUCAGCCUCUUCAGAGCUCAUGAAGUGGCCUCUAAACAGGUGGAGGAAAGGUUGCAGGAAGAAAAGUCUCAGAAGCAGAACAUAGACAUCAACAGACAAGCAAAAUUCGCCGCCACCCCUUCUCUGGCCUUGUUCGUCAACCUCAAAAACGUGGUCUGUAAAAUUGGGGAAGAUGCCGAGGUACUCAUGUCUCUCUAUGACCCCGUGGAGUCCAAGUUCAUCAGUGAGAACUACCUGGUUCGCUGGUCAAGCUCCGGAUUGCCUAAGGACAUAGACAGAUUACACAACUUGCGAGCUGUUUUCACUGACCUCGGGAGCAAAGACCUGAAAAGAGAGAAAAUCAGCUUCGUCUGCCAGAUCGUGCGCGUGGGUCGCAUGGAGCUGAGAGACAACAACACGCGGAAGCUGACCUCGGGCCUGCGGCGGCCUUUCGGCGUGGCCGUGAUGGAUGUCACAGAUAUAAUAAAUGGAAAAGUAGACGAUGAAGAUAAACAGCAUUUCAUUCCCUUUCAGCCGCUCGCAUUGGACGACGCCAUUCGACACAAGCCGCUGAACAUGUCAUCCCGUUUUUCACCCAGGGUGGCAGGGGAGAAUGACUUCCUUCAGACUGUUAUAAACAAAGUCAUUGCUGCCAAAGAAGUCAACCACAAGGGCCAGGGUUUGUGGGUAACUCUGAAGUUGCUCCCUGGAGACAUCCAUCAGAUUAGAAAGGAGUUUCCUCACUUAGUGGACAGGACCACAGCAGUGGCUCGGAAAACGGGAUUCCCGGAGAUCAUCAUGCCUGGUGAUGUUCGGAACGAUAUCUAUGUAACAUUAGUUCAAGGAGACUUUGAUAAAGGAAGCAAGACCACCGCAAAGAACGUAGAGGUUACAGUGUCUGUUUACGACGAAGACGGCAAGCGACUGGAGUGUGUGAUUUUCCCGGGUGCCGGCGAUGAAGCAAUUUCAGAGUACAAGUCCGUGAUCUACUACCAGGUCAAGCAGCCGCGCUGGUUUGAGACUGUGAAGGUGGCCAUUCCCAUCGAGGACGUCAACCGCAGUCACCUACGCUUCACCUUCCGCCACCGAUCCUCGCAGGACUCUAAGGAUAAGUCGGAGAAAAUAUUCGCACUGGCGUUUGUGAAGCUGAUGAGAUACGACGGGACCACGCUGAGGGACGGGGAGCACGACCUCAUUGUCUAUAAGGCUGAAGCAAAGAAGCUGGAAGACGCGGCCACGUACCUGAGCCUGCCGUCCACGAAAGCCGAGCUGGAGGAGAAGGGCCACUCGGCCACGGGCAAGAGCAUGCAGAGCCUGGGGAGCUGCACCAUCAGCAAAGACUCCUUCCAGAUCUCCACCCUCGUCUGCUCCACGAAACUCACCCAGAACGUGGACCUGCUGGGGCUCCUGAAAUGGCGAUCCAACACCAACCUGCUGCAGCAGAACCUGAGGCAGCUCAUGAAGGUGGAUGGCGGCGAGGUGGUCAAGUUCCUGCAGGACACCCUGGAUGCCCUGUUCAACAUCAUGAUGGAGAACUCGGAGAGCGAGACCUUCGACACACUCGUGUUCGAUGCCCUGGUGUUUAUCAUCGGGCUCAUCGCUGACAGGAAAUUUCAGCAUUUCAAUCCUGUCCUGGAGACUUACAUUAAGAAACACUUUAGCGCCACGUUAGCCUACACGAAGCUGACAAAAGUGUUGCGGAACUACGUGGACAACGCCGAGAAGCCGGGCAUCAACGAGCAGCUGUAUAAAGCCAUGAAAGGCCUGGAGUACAUCUUCAAGUUCAUCGUGCGCUCGCGGGUCCUGUUCAACCAACUCUAUGAGAACAAGGGCGAGGCCGACUUCGUGGAGUCCCUGCUGCAGCUGUUCCGGUCCAUCAGCGUCAUGAUGAGCAGCGCGUCCGACCAGACCGUCCGGGUGAAGGGGGCAGCACUGAAAUACCUGCCAACGAUCGUCAACGAUGUGAAAUUGGUGUUUGAUCCGAAAGAGCUCAGCAAAAUGUUCACUGAUUUCAUCCUAAAUGUUCCUGUGGGGUUGCUGACCAUUCAGAAGCUGUACUGCUUGAUCGAAAUCGUCCACAGUGACCUCUUCACACAGCACGACUGCAGAGAGAUCCUGCUUCCCAUGAUGACGGACCAGCUCAAGUACCAUCUGGAGCGACAGGAAGACCUGGAGGCCUGCUGCCAGCUGCUCAGCAACAUGCUGGAGGUGCUGUACCGGAAGGAUGUGGGCCCGACCCAGAGGCACGUCCAGGUCAUCAUGGAGAAGCUGCUGCGCACUGUGAACCGCACCGUCAUCUCCAUGGGCCGGGACUCCGAGCUCAUCGGGAGCUUUGUGGCGUGCAUGACCGCGAUUUUACGGCAGAUGGAAGACUAUCACUACGCCCACUUGAUCAAGACUUUCGGGAAAAUGAGGACCGAUGUGGUGGAUUUCCUGAUGGAAACGUUCAUCAUGUUCAAGAACCUCAUCGGGAAGAACGUCUACCCCUUCGACUGGGUGAUUAUGAACAUGAUGCAGAACAGAGUCUUCCUGCGAGCGAUUAAUCAGUAUGCAGAUAUGCUGAACAAAAAAUUCCUCGAUCAAGCCAACUUUGAGCUACAGCUCUGGAACAACUACUUCCACCUGGCGGUCGCCUUCCUCACUCAGGAAUCCUUGCAGCUGGAGAACUUCUCAAGCGCCAAGAGAGCCAAAAUCCUGAACAAGUAUGGAGACAUGAGGCGACAGAUUGGCUUCGAAAUCAGAGACAUGUGGUAUAACCUCGGUCAGCACAAGAUCAAGUUUAUUCCGGAAAUGGUCGGCCCAAUGCUGGAGAUGACACUAAUUCCCGAGACGGAGCUGCGCAAGGCCACCAUCCCCAUCUUCUUCGACAUGAUGCAGUGUGAAUUCCACUACACCCGAAGCUUCCAGAUGUUCGAAAAUGAGAUCAUCACCAAGCUGGACCACGAAGUGGAAGGAGGCAGAGGAGACGAACAAUACAAAAAUUUCUACAAAGAAAUUGAAAGAGAAGAAAUGUAUAUAAGGUACCUGUACAAACUGUGUGACCUGCACAAGGAGUGUGACAACUACACGGAAGCGGCCUACACCCUGCUCCUCCACGCGAAGCUCCUGAAGUGGUCAGAGGACGUGUGCGUGGCCCACCUCACCCAGCGGGAUGGGUACCAGGCGACGACGCAGGGACAGCUGAAGGAGCAGCUGUACCAGGAGAUCAUCCACUACUUCGACAAGGGCAAGAUGUGGGAGGAGGCCAUCGCCCUGGGCAAGGAGCUGGCCGAACAGUAUGAGAACGAAAUGUUCGAUUAUGAGCAGCUCAGCGAACUGCUGAAAAAACAAGCUCAGUUUUACGAAAACAUCGUCAAAGUGAUAAGACCCAAGCCUGACUACUUUGCCGUUGGCUACUACGGGCAAGGAUUUCCCACAUUCCUUCGGGGAAAGGUCUUCAUUUACCGCGGGAAGGAGUACGAGCGCCGGGAAGAUUUCGAGGCCCGGCUGCUGACUCAGUUCCCCAACGCUGAGAAGAUGAAGACGACCUCCCCGCCCGGCGCCGAGAUCACCAACUCCGCCGGCCAGUAUAUUCAGUGCUUCACGGUGAAGCCCAAACUGGAUUUGCCCCCGAGGUUCCACAGGCCUGUGUCCGAGCAGAUCGUGAGUUUUUACAGGGUAAACGAGGUGCAGCGAUUUGAAUAUUCUAGGCCGAUCCGCAAGGGAGAGAAAAACCCAGACAAUGAAUUUGCGAACAUGUGGAUCGAGAGAACCAUCUACACAACCGCCUAUAAGUUACCUGGAAUUUUACGGUGGUUUGAGGUCAAAUCUGUUUUCAUGGUGGAGAUCAGCCCCCUGGAGAAUGCCAUCGAGACCAUGCAGCUGACCAACGACAAGCUGAACAGCAUGGUGCAGCAGCACCUGGAGGACCCCAGCCUCCCCAUCAACCCCCUCUCCAUGCUCCUCAACGGCAUCGUGGACCCGGCCGUCAUGGGCGGCUUCGCAAAUUACGAAAAGGCCUUCUUCACGGAACGGUACCUGCAGGAGCACCCAGAGGCCCAUGAGAAGAUCGAGAAGCUCAAAGACCUGAUCGCCUGGCAGAUUCCGUUUCUGGCCGAAGGGAUCCGGAUUCACGGGGAGAAGAUCACAGAAGCGCUGAGGCCCUUUCACGAGAGAAUGGAGGCCUGUUUCAAGCAGCUGCGUGAGAAAGUGGAGAAGCAAUACGGCGUGCGGGCCAUGCCCUCCAGCCUGGACGACAGACGAGGCAGCCGUCCCCGGUCCAUGGUGCGAUCUUUCACGAUGCCUUCUUCGUCCCGGCCUCUGUCGGUGGCCUCUGUCUCUUCCCUGUCCUCAGACAGCACCCCUUCCAGGCCAGGCUCUGAUGGGUUCGCCCUGGAGCCCCUCCUGCCCAAGAAGAUGCACUCCAGGUCCCAGGACAAGCUGGACAAAGACGACUCGGAGAAGGAGAGGAAGGACAAGAGGAAGGAGAAGAGGAACAGCCGGCACCAGGAGACGUUUGACAAGGAAUUGAAAGCCUCGGACACGGCCCCGCAGCAGAACGAGGCCGUGAUCCUCUCGGAAACGAUAAGUCCCCUGCGGCCCCAGAGGCCGAAGAGCCAGGUGAUCAACGUCAUCGGAAGUGAAAGGCGCUUCUCUGUGUCCCCAUUGUCACCGACCUCCCAGCAGACGCCCCCUCCGGUCAUGCCUCGGGCCAAGCUCAGCUUCAGCCUGCAGUCCAGUUUGGAGCUGAACGGCAUGACCGGGGUGGACGUGGCCGAGGUCCCGCCCCCCCUGCCUCUGAAAGGCAGCACGGCAGAUUACGGGAACCUGAUGGACAGCCAGGACCUGAUGGGCUCCCCCCCGCCCCCGCCGCCCCCUCCUCACCACAGGCACCUGCCACCUCCACUGCCCAGCAAAACCCCACCUCCUCCCCCUCCCAAGACCACGCGCAAGCAGACGUCCGUGGACUCUGGGAUUGUGCAGUGAGGACAAGCUUUCAGUGAGCCGCAAAGACCAAGCUGUCAUCUCUCCCGCCCUGUCCCCUUCUGUGUCUGGCAUUUACCUCAUUGGACCUGUGAUGUCUGACAUUUAGGGCAACUGCUUUUCCCUAAAAGGAAUUCGUUCCCAGCCUUGGAGUGCGUGGCCUUUAGUGUCGGGGAGCCCGGUGGAUGCGGGUCUGGGACAUCCUGGUGCGUUUAUCAACGUCGGGGGCUUCCGAGCGUGUCCCUGAGAGAGCCUGAAUCUUGCCCAGAGCCCUUUCUUUUUGUGCCAAAUGACACACUAGCCAAGAGCGAGGUUGAGCUGAGCCGAAGGCAGCAGCAGGAUGGUCCCCCCUGAGAACCAAGCGGUACCUGAGCGCCCCGAGCCCCACCUCAGCCAGACCCCGGCUUCCACGCGGGCAUCUCAUCAGACCCCCCGCGGCUCGUGGCGGGGCCUUGUGUUGGUUGAAUGUAUGUAUCCGACAUCACCCCUCCGGGAAGUUCCUGGUCUCCUUCGGGAUCAAUUAAAAUAGGAUAUUCCUCAGCUACUGAACAGUUACUAAUUUAUGGAGUGGAAACACCGUUAAAAAUACUGGAUCAAGGGAAAAAUAACUGCGUAUAGGAAGAUGAGUUUCCUUCUCUGUAAGUAAAGGAUCCAGGAACCACGAGAGAUGGUUUUACCUGGGUGGAUUCUUCCGGUCCUCUGUACAGAAGUUUGUAUAUAUGAUGGUUCCUAGGCCUCGUGUUAAUUUUCGUGGUCCUUCCAUUUACUGUAAUAGGUGUCCACACUGAGUCGCAAGUAUGUGUUCUUCAUUUUUAAUGGCUGGAAAUGUAAAAAAUAAAAAUCCAAAUAAAGUUCUGUCGUCGUUGUUCUCAAAGCUCCAAAGUCCUGAAAAUGUCAGCGAACGAUGAUUUUUGAAAAACUAACUUUGUAUAACCUAAUAUUUGUAUUCUGUCAUCUAUAUUUUUUUAUUCACUAUAAUCAUGAUACCCGUCUAAUAGGCUCAAAAGUUAAUCAUUGACAAGGAAAAAUAAAAUUUAUUUAAAAAGAC